AUGAUGUCCCAACGUUCGAGUAAUACCCCUUUAGCGGCUGCCGCUGUCCUAGGUCGGUGGGCCUCGUCGUCUUCCCGUCGCUCUGGGUGGCAGGAAGACCCUUUCCUCGCACCAGGCGAGCGAGGAUUUCAAAAAGUCUCAGGGCGCAAAAUCCCGUCCGUUCUUCACACGGGUGGAGAUGGAUAUGGAGAUGAAAUCGAAGAAGAACACAUUUCAGAAUUACGGACUCCGCCGCUCGAAGCGACCAGUCCGGUAUCACCCGUCAGUGCCAUUGGUGGCGGAAGUCACCGCCAUGCUCCAAUGCGAGAUGACUUUAUUGCAGCAGGUGUAGGAGCGGGCGCAUUUGUAUUGCGACCAUCUCCAGCCCGAACGCCGACAGCGAGCUCAGUUGAUCUGACAGCUCCAUCGCAAUCGAGUCAGUACGGGACCUCCCCGAUGCGACCCGAUUCUUUAGGACGAACGCUGUCACGAUACGAUGGGAGCCGAAGCAGUCGCUUUACAGAGGGCAUCUGA